ACUCCUGCCGGCAAUAGUUACUGCAAGUCGCUCCUUGCAGUAUCCAAGGACAAACCCUCUCUGUUCCAACUUCCAACAAGAACCAUCUCAGCGCCCCGCAGGGAAGAGAACGAAGCGAGUCGGCGACGGCAACGCCGGCGGCAGCCAUGGCUCACCCUUCGCGGCUCUACCUCCUCGCCUACAACUCGCUCCACUCCCUCGGAUGGUUCCUCGCGUUGCUCCGUCUCCUAGCCUGCCUCGCCCUUCCCGUCUCUGCCUCCGCCCGCUCCGCGUACGCCGUUGCCGGCGACCUCAUAUGCUUCCUGCAAACUUGCGCGGUUCUUGAAACGGUCCAUGCUGCCGUUGGGUUGGUUCCUACCUCGCCGUUUCUUGCCUUCUUGCAAUGGGGAGGGAGGACUCACUUCGUUCUCGCCCUUCUUCGCCAAAUACCUGAGGUUAAGAUGGUCCAGGGCAGUCCAUCUGUGUUCAUAACGUUUAUGGCUUGGAGCAUAUCUGAGGUCAUCCGAUACUCUCAUUAUGCUCUGACUACCUUGAAAGUUUGUCCAGCAUGGCUGACUUAUCUCAGGUACACCGCUUUUAUCCCGUUAUAUCCAGUUGGGGUAGGACCAGGAGAAAUGUGGACUAUGUACCAAGCUCUUCCAUUUGUGAAGGAGAGGGACCUCUACUCAGGCUUCUUUGCAAAGUUCUUUAUGGGCUACCAUUCCUUCCUCGUGGGUGUGCUGCUGUGCUAUCCAUUUCUGUGGCUGAAGCUGUACCUGCAUGUGUUCAAGCAGCGUAAGUCCAAGCUGGGAAAGGUGGACCGGAAGAAACGGGUAUGAGAAAAUUCAGUUGAGCUCAGCUGUCACUUUUUCACUGAAAAUCGGACACAGGCAACUUGGCGAGGAAUCUUGCAGCUGAUGCAGUUGGAAGCUUCACUGAGCUGAACAACAACUUAUUAUACUAGCAGAUUACUGGGUUUUGCUUACCUUUUGAGCAACUUAUUAUACUACUACUAUCUAUGAGUCACAAUGCAAGUCGUUUCAGAUGUCGAAGCGGUCUUCAUUGUGAUACUUUGACUAUCAAUUUUUAUGUAAAUAUGUUAUCUUCAAACAAAACUAUGUAUAAAGUAUGAAAAUUCAUAUUUACUGUUGGUCUUGCUUUUA